AUGACUGGAGAUUUAAACAUGGAUAAUCACAAAAUAAGGAACUUAAAUGAUGAGCCAACAAGUGGAAUUGAUGGAAUUAACAAAAAUUACGUUGAUUCUGUGGUGUCUCAUUCUCAUGUCAAACCAAGUCAUCAAAAAGACCAAUUAAGUUACUUAAUGUCAAAUGUAUUGCAAUGGACUGACUUGAUUGAUGGUGGAAAUAGUUUUAAUACGGCAAAAAUAGCAGAUUUAUCAAAUUUUCAAGGUAAUUUUCACUCCUACAAUCACAAGGUAAUUUAUACAACGAUUAUAAAAAAUUCUCAAGGCGGUUACAAGUACUAAAUUGGAAUUAAUUUUUACACUCUGUUUUUAAAUGCUGAUUAUACUCUUUGUAUUGAAAUACCGAACACUGUUUAUCAGUUUCUGUUGAUAGAGCAACAUCUCAAGGAUUAACAAUUGGAAAUGUUUCAGUGAAAAAAUUCAGUCAUAGAUAUCUUGAUUUGAAAAACAGUCCAGAGUUUAUGUACUAUCGCUGACUGAUAAUUCAUUUAAAACUGAAAACAGCAGCAUCACAUCCGUAUAAUUUUCUUCAUCUAUUCGUUGAUAUUCCUCAGGUUGGAAGUGAUUUGGGAGUUUAUCCACAAAACUGGACGAAAAAUUACGUAAUUGCUUACGGAAUCUUGGGACAAGUGUCAGAUGUUGAUACUGAUAAAGUUUACAACUAUCACACAUCAUUCAAUGUCGACAUUAAUGCAAAUCAAAAAAAGAUACUGAACAUUGUUCUGGACAGAAACAUUGAUAAUAGUGCUGCAACAGUAAAAAUGGUAGAGGAUAUUAUUCCUUUUACAAAAAACAAUUUGUACAGAGAAUUUUUUGAAGAAAUUUACGUCUUCAGUGACGUAAGAAAUUAUAAAAUUACAAUUGGGGCAUCAGGAGUUACUUUUACAGGAGUUAAUCCUAAUGUGUCAUUUCCAACAAAGGACUUGAGUGUUAUUUUACAUAAUGGACUAAGAGUAAAAAUUACGUUUUAAAUUUGGAUGCUGGUGUUGUGUUUGGUUGAAUAUAAAUGUUUCUAUUGAAGGUUAUAUGACUACUACCAAUAAAAUUGUAGAAUUAAAAUUUGAUAAAACAACAAAUAAAGUAAUAUUAAACAAUUUACCAUGAAUAUCCAUUACCAUACCAAAUUCAUUUAAUGGAAAAGAAGUUGUUUUAUGGUUAACAAAAUAUAGAAGUUCAAGUACAAAUAAUGAGACUAUAAAAGCGUCAAUAUCAAAUUAUUCAACAACCUUGACAUUAAGUUUACAUCAUAGUUUUGUAACACGUAAAGAUUUUUUUGAAAUUACAAGUGAAGAUAUCACCAUUGAAAAAAUUAUGUAUUCUCAAAACUUUUACGACUUUGACUCCGAGCAAUAUCACAAGAAAAGUUGAAUGGGUCUUAUGUAGUUUAAGAAUAAAUGAAAGACAUCUUUGAAUUCAAUCACAUAGAUAAAUCUCUUUCAGAAUCAGACAUCAAAACUCUCAAAGAUUUUUACAAGCAUUACUACAAGAAAUAUUGGUGUUUCAAAAAAUCUUACAAAAGAUCCAAACAUCUUGGUGAAACAAUCAUUAUCUCUGGAAUUUGUUUGAUGAUUAUUGGAACAAUAACUGGUGGAAUAACUUUGAAUCCCGUUAUUCCCUUUGUUGUAAACAGAGCUGGUAUUCUUGUCACUAAUUUUGGAAAAAUGAAAAAUUGCAAGAAAAAGAUAGAAAUGACAGAAAUCGCUUUU